CACCUCAUUUCCUACGACUUCAGAAUGUGGAGGUUAAUGUGGGACAGAACGCGACGUUCCAGUGCAUUGCUGGGGGGAAGUGGUCACAGCAUGACAAACUCUGGCUUCAGCAGUGGAACGGAAGGGACACAGCAUUGAUGGUCACUCGAGUGGUCAACCAUAGACGUUUUUCGGCUACCGUCAGUGUAGCUGACACCUCUCAACGCAGUAUCAGCAAGUACCGAUGUGUCAUUCGCUCGGAUGGUGGAUCUGGAGUUUCGAAUUAUGCAGAGUUAAUAGUGAAAGAACCCCCGACUCCUAUCGCCCCUCCCGAGCUGCUGGCGGUCGGAGCCACGUACCUGUGGAUCAAACCCAACGCCAACUCCAUCAUUGGAGAUGGGCCCAUCAUACUGAAGGAGGUGGAGUAUCGGACGACCACUGGGAACUGGGCGGAAACGCACAUUGUAGACUCUCCGAAUUACAAACUGUGGCAUUUGGAUCCUGAUGUGGAGUAUGAGAUCAGAGUGCUGCUCACUCGCCCUGGGGAAGGAGGCACGGGCCCCCCCGGACCACCACUUACAACAAGAACAAAAUGCGCAGAUCCUGUCCAUGGGCCGCAAAACGUAGAAGUUGUUGACAUUCGCUCCCGGCAGCUGACGUUGCAGUGGGAGCCCUUUGGUUACGCGGUGACCCGCUGCCACAGCUACAAUCUCACGGUCCAGUACCAGUAUGUGUUUAACCAGCAAAAAUUUGAGGCAGAGGAACUCAUCCAGACUUCUUCCCACUACACCUUGCGAGGUCUCCGGCCCUUCAUGACCAUCAGGCUGCGGUUAGCCCUCUCUAACCCGGAGGGCAAAAUGGAAAGCGAGGAGCUGGUUGUGCAGACUGAAGAAGAUGUUCCUGGACCCAUUCCCUUGGAAUCCAUCCAGGGAGGACCUUUUGAAGAGAAGAUCUAUGUUCAGUGGAAGCCUCCAAAUGAGACAAAUGGCAUCAUUACACUCUAUGAGAUUACAUACAAGGCCGUUGGGUCUCUGGAUCCCAGUGCUGACCUGUCCAGCCAAAGAGGGAAAGUCUUCAAACUAAGGAAUGAAACACAUCACCUCUUUGUAGGAUUAUACCCAGGGACUACGUAUUCAUUCACCAUCAAAGCCAGCACAGUCAAGGGCUUUGGGCCACCCAUCACGACACGGAUUGCAACUAAGAUUUCAGCACCGUCGAUGCCGGAAUACGACACGGACUCCCCCCUGAAUGAGACUGACACCACCAUCACCGUUAUGCUGAAGCCCGCUCAGUCCCGGGGAGCACCUGUCAGUGUAUAUCAACUUGUUGUCAAGGAGGAGAAGCUGCAGAAAGCACGGAGAGCUGCAGACAUCAUUGAAUGCUUCUCUGUCCCAGUGAGCUACAAGAACGCUUCCAGCCUCGACUCACCGCACUACUUUGCAGCUGAGCUGAAGCCCGUCAACCUGCCCGUCACGCAGCCCUUCACAGUGGGCGACAACAAAACCUACAACGGCUACUGGAAUGCUCCGCUGUCUCCCCUGAAAAGCUACAGCAUAUACUUCCAGGCUCUCAGCAAGGCAAAUGGAGAAACAAAAAUCAACUGUGUCCGGCUGGCAACAAAAGGAGCUUCCACCCAGAAUUCCAAUGCAGUGGAACCAGAAAAACAAGUCGACAGCACGGUGAAAAUGGCCGGAGUUAUAGCUGGUCUUCUGAUGUUUGUUAUUAUCCUCUUGGGAGCAAUGCUCACCAUCAAGAGAAGAAGAAAUGCGUAUUCCUACUCCUAUUACUUGCAUUCAAGCCAAUGUUUUAGGGGCCUCUCUGUCUUCUACAGGACCAGGAAGCUAGCCAAGAAGCAGAAGGAGACUCAGACCAGCACGCAGAGGGAGAUGGGUCCCGUGGCUACUUCCGACAAGACCUCUACAAAACUCAGUGCUGUUCACAAUGAAGAAGCUUUUUCUUCCAGCUGCCAAGAUGUUAAUGGAUUCAUAUCAUCAGACACUGUUCCAUCGACCACGCUGUUAGACAGUAGCCAUGGAGAGAUGACCCAGCCAACCCUGACUAUCCAGACCCACCCGUACCGGAGCUGCGAGCCGGUGGAAAUGUCCUACCCCCGGGGACAGUUCCAGCCAGCCAUCCGAGUGGCCGACCUGCUGCAGCACAUCACCCAGAUGAAGCGAGGACAGGGCUAUGGAUUUAAAGAGGAGUAUGAGGCGCUACCCGAGGGGCAGACGGCUUCCUGGGAUACAGCCAAGGAAGACGAAAACCGCAAUAAGAACAGAUAUGGAAACAUAAUCUCCUAUGAUCAUUCAAGAGUGAGAUUGCAGCUGCUGGAUGGGGACCCUCACUCUGACUACAUAAACGCCAAUUACAUAGACGGGUACCACCGGCCUCGCCAUUACAUCGCAACUCAAGGGCCGAUGCAAGAGACGGUGAAGGAUUUCUGGAGAAUGAUUUGGCAAGAAAACUCUGCCAGUGUUGUCAUGGUCACCAACUUGGUGGAAGUGGGCAGGGUAAAGUGUGUUCGAUACUGGCCAGAUGACACAGAGCUCUACGGAGAUAUUAAAGUCACAUUAAUUGAGACAGAACCAUUGGCAGAGUAUGUCAUACGCACAUUUACUGUACAAAAGAAAGGCUACCAUGAGAUCCGAGAGAUUCGGCAGUUCCACUUCACCAGCUGGCCGGACCACGGGGUUCCUUGCUACGCCACCGGCCUCCUUGGCUUCGUUCGUCAAGUGAAGUUUCUCAACCCCCCAGAAGCAGGACCCAUCGUUGUGCACUGCAGUGCUGGUGCCGGGAGAACAGGGUGCUUUAUUGCCAUCGACAUCAUGCUUGACAUGGCAGAGAACGAAGGCGUGGUGGAUAUAUUUAACUGCGUGCGAGAGCUGCGAUCCCAAAGGGUCAAUCUGGUGCAGACGGAGGAGCAGUACGUGUUUGUCCAUGAUGCCAUUUUGGAGGCGUGUCUCUGUGGCAACACCGCCAUUCCAGUUUGUGAGUUCAGAUCCAUAUAUUACAACAUCAGCAGACUAGAUCCACAGACCAAUUCCAGCCAGAUAAAAGAUGAGUUUCAGACUCUCAAUAUUGUGACACCACGUGUUCGGCCAGAAGAUUGCAGCAUCGGUCUUUUGCCAAGGAACCAUGAUAAGAACCGCUGCAUGGAUGUGUUGCCCUUGGACCGGUGCUUGCCUUUCCUCAUCUCCGUGGAUGGCGAAUCAAGUAACUACAUCAAUGCUGCACUCAUGGAUAGCCACAAGCAACCUGCUGCCUUUAUUGUAACCCAACACCCUUUGCCCAACACCAUAGCAGACUUCUGGAGGCUGGUGUUUGAUUACAACUGCUCCUCUGUCGUGAUGCUCAAUGAGAUGGAUGCAGCACAGCUCUGCAUGCAGUACUGGCCAGAGAAGACGUCCUGUUGUUAUGGCCCGAUUCAAGUAGAGUUUGUUUCAGCAGACAUUGAUGAAGAUAUCAUCAACCGGAUAUUCCGGAUCUGCAACAUGGCCAGGCCCCAGGAUGGAUAUCGCAUAGUUCAGCACCUGCAGUACAUCGGCUGGCCGGCAUACAGGGACACCCCUCCUUCCAAACGCUCCCUCCUGAAGGUGGUCAGAAGGUUGGAGAAGUGGCAGGAGCAGUACGAUGGGAGAGACGGACGGACUGUUGUCCACUGCCUGAACGGUGGGGGACGCAGCGGCACCUUCUGUGCCAUCUGCAGCGUGUGUGAAAUGAUUCAGCAGCAAAAUAUCAUUGAUGUGUUCCACAUAGUGAAAACGUUACGGAAUAACAAAUCCAACAUGGUGGAGUCGCUGGAACAGUAUAAAUUUGUAUAUGAGGUUGCACUGGAAUACUUGAGUUCCUUUUAGCCCAGAGGAGGGAGGGGAGCCUCCGAAAUGCCAGACCCCAAUCGCUGGCAGACGCUUCUCCCCUCUCCCACACUGGAAGGCAGUACAAGUGUGGGAAGGAAAACCUCUCCUUCCCGGAGCAAGAGACUGCGAUUGCACAGACCUCGCUGGAAGGAGGAGACGAUGCCUGUGUUUGCUGCUGCCUGCUUUCUAUCAGAACAUCUACCGCUUCUUAAAUAACCUUCUGUAAAAAUUAGCAAAAUGGGAGACAGGCUGAAAGACUGGACUUUCUAAUCUUCUCUGACUUCUUCUCUCCUCUUUUGGAUUGUAUUUUUGCUCUCCUUGCUGCAGAGUGGGGAAGGAAUGAAACCCUUAGGAAAUUCUCUUUUAAAUGUCUCCUUUUUAAUUUAUAAUUUUUUUCUCCAAUCCCAGUCUUUAAUUUUUUAAUUUCAUGCAGCAGUCAUUUGGGAAAAAUGAGAUAGCCAUAGGGGAUAUAUGAAAUGUUUCAUUACAAUUUGUCUACUUUAUCUGUUUCCUUUUAUUUGUUUUUCCAAAUGAAAAGGCCAACACACACACAAAAAAAAUAAUAAUACUGGAAUUCUCUUCCCAUAUGUAGUCCCUUUUAGCAUGAAAAUAGAUGGUGGAGAUGAGAAGCUGUUCGUGGAUUCACUGCCUCGGCUUCUACGCAAAUGUUUCCUCCCAGUUCCUGCUAGACUCCCAGGGCCGUGCAUGAACCGGUUCCAUCGCUCUGGUCCGUGUUCGUUUCAGUGCUGGUGAAGCAAUACCAUUAAUGAGUUUCCCAGCCACUUGAACCUUUCAAAUUAAAUAUUUGCAUCAAAGAAAUUGCAUUUGUCUUGCAAGUUUGGUAACUUUGUUACCACAUUUUUCAAGUAUUUGCUGGGGUGCAGUGUGUCUUUGAAAAACAGGGUAUAACGUAGGUAUUCUUGAUCAUAUACUAUGUAUUAUUAUUUUUUAUUUAUUAUUUGUAUUGCCGUAGAGCUUAGGACCCCUAGUCACAACAGAACCCUGCUGAACUAGGCACUGUGCAAACAGACAACAAAGAAGGUUCCUGCUCAAGAGCUUAAAAUCUGAAGGUAAUCUUAAAAUUGGGUUUGGUUGAGAUUUCCUCGCUAUUUCCAAACUGUUGUACAGUCAGAUGUAGUUGAGUGAUUUAUUCGGAUUUCCAGGCCCUACAAGCUUCCAAAUGGUAACCCAUCCAAGCUGCAGGAAAGGUGAUGGACAUACACAGACACCUAUACUGACGUGUUAAGACAAGUGUUAGACCGGCGCAGCAACGUUCCUUCUUAAGCAAAACAGCUUUCGUUUUGUUCUGCAAAAAUGCCUGUGUAACCCUCCUUCUUUGAAACAAACACCAGACGUGUUUUGCCAUGGUUCUGGAUCUCAUUCUGACUUCUUAGCAGCUAAGAAAUUGCUUUUCUGAAAGAGUAUGUUUAAGUAGUUAAUCCAUUAAGGGUCUGCAGGGUAAUCUUGGAGAAGAAAAUAAUGGAAGGAACAAGGCCUUACAAUAUUCAGUAUUUCAAUUUAGCCAUUUAUUUAUCUUGAGGGUGCAGGGAUACGAGGUGCUCUGUGUGUAAAUUAGAUUCUGGGAGAUGUAGGUUUUUUCAAAUGCAGACUUGCUAAAAGACAGAAGUUUAAGGAAACUCCACUUUCUUACCACCCUGUAGUGUUCCACCCUCAGGUAACUACUCAGAGACUGUGCUGGGAGCUCUGCCAUGUCAAUGCCUGGUACAGAGCAUGCCACGAGUUCAAAACAUUUUGCUAGUUCUGUAAAUUCAUAAGGCACCUCUGCCUCGUGGUCAUUCUUUUUUCAAUGGUCAUACCUUUGCCUUGACAAUGAAGGAUGAAAAUGAAAUCUGAUAAAAGCAACUCUGGACUCAAACACACCAGUAUCCGACCCAAUAGUUGUCAUCUCUACCAAGACCUCCGACAGUCUAAGGAAGGAUGCUUGGAACAGCAAUAAUCCUCUUCCUGCUAAGCAGAGGAGGGGCUUGCAUAGGAUGCUGAACUGCCCAGCUCCUGUUCUUUCCAAGGAGCUUUGGCUUCUUGACUUCAAUAUCAUGAAGGUCUUAAAUGAACUUGAGCCCCAUUGUCCCUGAUGUAGCCAGUGUGCCAUAAAGUAUCAGUGAGAUCCCCCUCAUGGUUGCCUCUGCUUGGUUUCUAGCUGGUCCUUUCUGCUGUCUGUGAGAAAUCACCUUCAGUUCCUGUUGGGGCUGUAGGUGGAUGUCUGGCAUCUGCUGAAAGAAACUACUGGGUUUAAUUUUAUUUUUUUCUUUUGCUGUUAAGCAACACAAACAGUUCUGCAGGAAAAUAGAAGGCAAAGCAAAACUAUGAGAUAAGAAGUAAGGCAUAAUAUUAAUGUUUUGAUUAGAGGUAGCUUGCUGUAACAGCGUAGGUCAGGAGCUGGGAGCCGUUAGCAAAGGGGAGGGAAGAGGGAAUCCUGAUCCCAGAAUGGGAUUUUUCAACAACUGCCCAGGUAGGAAGAAAUCAGAAGCCAGCAAAGUGUUUCUGACUUCGUCAACUCCAGAAAGCCAGAGAGAAUCACUCCCUGGGGAUACAAUGGAAAUAUUAAUUAGUAUUUAGCAUUCUGUUAAUUUUACACGAGAACUAGCAUAGCAAUAGGUCCCCCUCGUGAGUUAGUGAAGGGCUAGUGCCAGCGCCGAGGGUGACAGCCAGGAUAAAAGGAACAGAGAGGUAGAAGAAAUGGCAAUACAACUGAGAUGUGAAGUGUAGGAGGUAAUUCAAGGCUUAACAGUAGCAUGAAGGAAAGUGGAUUAAAAAGCCAGAAGCCUAUAGGAGGGAUGUGUGCGUGGAGAGAAGGAGGUGGUGGAUGGGCAGAGCAGAAUAGCACUUGCAGUGGAGUCGUUCGAGGUCUUCACGUAGGUUCGAAUGUGGUUUUGUGGUAUGAAAAAUGCUAUGACAGGGUCAGGUGCAUAUAUCAACUGUCCCACAGCAACUCACCAUGUGCUUUUAGCCCUCUGCAAAUGCAAAGUGACAUUAGCAUAAACUGCAGGGAAAGAUAUUUAAGCUAAAUUUUAUCUUGUAUUUGCAAGGAACAAGUUUAAUGCAAAUGUUGGUUACCACAGCCUGACUGUUAGUCACAGCUUAUUAUGUGGCAUCUCAGCCGCCUUCUAAUCUCCAGCCUACAAUCCGUGGGAAGGAUGCUCAGCAAACUCGACAGAUUAUGUUGCCAACCUGUUGUAUCGUCACGCAGUUACGUUGCGUUUGGGGGGGACUGACCCAGCUCCAGCCUGUGUUGGCUGAGGGGUCUUUACGCUGGUCCUCACUGCGCAACGCACGUAUGUUGAAUGUGAAUUAAUGAUGAAGGGAAUUGUGUGGAAGGAGAAGCUCCCUUGAAAUAACCUUAUCACCUUGAGGCUGUUUAAACCCUAGAGAACAGCGUAUAGCAAAAUAGGUAAUGUGCUUGAAGCGCGAUUAUGGGUGAUGGGUUUGUUUUCACGGGGAAAGAGAGAAAUUAUGAGAUGAGAUAAAAGGUUUUCUCAUUCCUGAAAGGAUUAAUAGUCAGGGCGAGCUUUCCAACCUAAGCAUCCCCUGCUGUGGAUGGAAAGCGAUAAUGUACGGUAGAAAUGGUGAAUUCCUCAAUGACAGAAUUUUAGGCUGGAAAAACAGGAUAUUGGCAAUGUUUGAGUGGUCAUAAUGAAGAUAAACCUGUCCCCAUUCAGACAUCCUUCGGGGUGAGGGAGCACUGUUUAUUAGUAUAGUAUUGGUCUAAAGUGUAAUCUGAAAUACAGGGAACUCGAAAGAGGUAAAGAAGGGUGGUUCAGGGGUGACUGUCUCAUACAGGGAGUAAUCAACAUCUUAAAUUAUUAAGGGUUGUAACUGAAGCAGAGAAUUCCAGAGCUAUCUAGGCUGGCUGCUGGAGAAGGAAGACCCUGAGUUGUCUGCAGGAAAGAGAUAGACCAAAACCCCGAAACGGUACAGUAGGUCUUAAUCUUUUCUUUCUUUCUUUUUAGUUUUGUGUGUGUGUUUGGUGGUAGUUUGUGGAUUUGGGUUUUUUUGAUUAAAAUCUCUGCAGGAACUGUGUCCUAUGCUGGCUCUAACCUGUAAGGAAAAAGGCGUUUGACCUCCUGUGAGUAGACUUGAGGUACUCCUUUAUUGAUGUUAAGCUAAGAGACUGUGCAGGGGAGUACAGUGGAUGUGAAGGUAACUGAAUCAGGACCUCUGGUGGCAAGCAAGCAAAUGGGAAUUUGGUGAUUUUAUUUAUGUCUGCAGAUUGAAAUAAUUGGUAUUCGCUGAUCAGGAAAGUCUCUGGACUUUGGUUAGUAGGAGGCAUUUCAAUGUGUGAUUGAAAUUCUUUAACAGGGUUGCACAGAACUAUGUCUGCCUUUGCCAUGCUCAGCUCCAGCCAGUUUUAUUAAUGCACUGGUGGGUCUCUCUUCAUUUAUUAACAUUUUAGCCAUUUAUGUGAGCUAGAGUUGUCCAUUUUGGUCCACAGGCAACAGGCACUUAGUACUGAAAGACUUCUACAUGCAUUGAAAAACUUCUGUGGGCUUUACCCCCAAAUCAAACCCCGGCACUCCUGCUCAGUCUCUGCCCAUGUGCACACACAUUUGAAGAAUGUCCAGGUAACCCCCGAAAGGCGGACAGAGACUUUGGGAAAUGCCUGUGACCCCUAAUCGGUCUGGUCCAUGGAUCUCUGUAGGGUAGAGGAAGGAAUUCUGAAGCUUUUCCAUAGAGAAGCACGUAUUUGUGUGUCAGUAGUUUCCAACGUGUAAACUCCCUGUAAGAAAAUGUCCGGUGGCGAUGUAUAGAUCCCUCAGUAGUAGAUUUAACCCUGCAGGUGGUAGACCUAUUUCUCCAUUUACUCUUUACAGGCCCUUUAGAAGUAGUCUGUGGGAUUUCCCCUGGGAAUCUCAAGCCAGGGACCGAGGUCACUGCUCUUGAUGUGCUGUAGAGUCAGAGAAAGGAGAGCGACUCCUGCAGCAGGCGAUUCAGAAGGCAGUUAGACCGAUUGCCAUCUGGAAGAGAAGGGAAGGAGAAGAAAUUUCCUUUGGGAGAAACCAAACAUUGGAGGAGAAGGCAGAUUAAAUGGAGUCCUGAAACAGGUAGGAAACUUGCACCUUGAUCUGUCUCUCAUUCUUGCACAGCUGCUCUUAUAUCUUUCUGACUCUUCUGAGUCCAUGCCAAGAUCAUAAAAACCAGGUAAUGCCACGUUCCACGCUGUGGAGCUCUAUGGAGACGGAGCAGUCAGAGUGUAACAGAGGGAAUAAAUCCUGAGGGACAAAGAUGAAAGGAGGUUUGCCUGAGAGAGGAAUCUUCAAACACGAGGUGCCUCUGUCUGUCACACUUGCAGAAUUCUUAACAAGUCAUCACAGAGCAGCACACAGUCCUGCCGCGGUCCUGGACGUGCAAUGCAGUGGAAAUGUUCCACUCAGAAAUCUUCAUUGUCCUGUAAUAAAUUUAAACAAUCAGCGCCAUUACAUUGGUAGCACAGUUAGCUUUAUGGUACCUCCAGCCAGUGCAAAGGGCAUCGCAAGAACUUGGUGGGAGCCUGCUGCAUUUUCGUUUGAGCUUCUUUCUUUUGUCCGUGGUGUACCGACUUCAGUUAACUUCAGUUUGUUGGGAAUAUAAAGAGGGACGUGUGGCAAAAGUUCUUCAACAUAAUCACUGCCUGUGGGUCAAAAAUGUAGUAUACCUCCUAAGAGGCUGUGAAAUGAUAGAACAAACUACUGCAUCUUCCCCGCACAAACCUUUUCAGUAGAAACCGGGGGAGCCAGCUAAUUAAAGUCAGGGAGCCAGAGGUGAUAAGGAUUCUGUUAACCCUCCUGUGUUCCUGUUUAUUUAGAUUGCAGUCUUCUAUAGCCAUGCAUACAUAAUAUACAAUUGAAAUGCCAGUGCUCUUCCUUUCCCCGUUCCCAAAAAUACCUAUAGCUCUUCUUUCAUCGAGGGCAAGCCAUAGCAAGCAGAGCCCACUUUCUGCAGCUUUGGCAAGGACCACUAGGAAAAUCUAUCAUGUAUUGUCUGUUCAUUGACUUGGAAAAGGUAUCAGUCAUCUUCCUCAUAUACAUACUUGAAGAAUGUACAAUUUGCUCUAACAGUCAAGCAAAAUCAUACGUUUUCAUACAUCAAGACCAAAUCCUGGUGGUACUGAGUGUGAUGGAAGGAAGAUAGAAAAAAACUUGCUGACUUCCAGUGACCUCUAGUCUAGAAUCUUUAUUUGCUGUCUUAAAAUAUUUUAAAGGCCUCCCUUGUAAAAAAUAAACUAUACUCAGAAUAUCCUACAGUUUCAUGUUGGACUAGCAGAAUUGUGAAAACCUGGCAGCUUUUUCAGUUUGCAAAAAACACGAGAGAUCUAAAUUAGCCUUUCCCUCCUCAUCCCAGUGCGUGCAACAGAUCUUUCACCGCUAUUCUGUUUUCAACCUGAGCCUUAAAAAAACCAAAAUAAUGCAGCAGACUGGAUGACAGAUGCUGGUGUUCCCAUAGUGUUUCCUGGUGGAAAGAAUGAAAGGAGAAAAGAGCAACCUAAAUGUUUUUCUUACAACUCAGUUCUGCGCGAACUGUUUCUGAGCAGUAUAAACAUAAGCCAGUCCACACCAGUUUGUCUGGAGCGAGGAUUUGCUUGUUGCAAGGUGAAGGUACACUCUAGGUGUAACCUUUGGGACCAGUCCUGAUUUUCUGUGUGUAGGUUUCCAGCAGCAUAGUGGUGGCUUUACUGGAGGUGCUUGUUGCAGAAUGACAGUGUUUUGGCGGAGAUAUUUUUCACUGGGAGAUCUGGUAUCCUGAGACGCUACUAUUUUGGGGGACUUUGUGAGAUACCUCAAACGUGUUGCACUAUGGAGGUUCUUUUCCUUGUGUGAGUACAUCAUCUUUCAGCGGGGACCUCCAGGAAAUUUUAUUUGUGUGAAAUUACGGAAAGGAGUGCGGUUUUGGGAAUUAGGCGUGUGGCCAGCACUUUACAAGCUUUUGUGAAUUUUGAUACUCUGACAAGACUCCCCAGGACAAGUGAUGGUCAGGUGUUUGCAUCGCUGAAAGUCUAACCAGGCUUCGUGUGCUGGACUGUCCCGUACCUGGAACAGGCCCGGCAUUAUCCCUUCAUCGCCCCGCUAGCCCUUUCUUACAUCUCCAGCACUUAAACGCUGUACUUCUAUGCCCAAAGUUGGAGCUAUAUCCAUAACACAUCCUUUAACGCCUACUGACUCACCACACGGACAAAAUUCACUCCCAUACUGAUUUAAUCUGCUUCACCUCCUUCCCAGCCCCACCCCGCGCCAAUCCUGUUGAAAUGAAAACGUACUAGCAUCCCUCGUUGCCAGACUUGUCACUACUUCCCACAGCAAUGCUGUGGCUGCGUCCGGACGGGCAGUGUCCUGUUCCAGCUCCCCGGAUGCGUUUUGCCAGCAGGGAGGAGUGCUGCAUGAGAGCUAGUCACUGCUGUCGCGAUUCUGCCCCCCCGUCUCCUCCCCCCUUUGGCCUUUAUGGAUUACUGGUGAAACUCACUUGUACAGUUUGGAUGUUUGAUAGAUAAAGCACGUAUAAAAAAAAAAAAAGGAAAAAAUAUAAAUACGAAAAUCUCAACACUGUGCAUUCAGUGUCUUUUCUUUCUAGCUUAAAAGAAGGAAGGUAAAUAAUGUCAAGUCAAUGAAUAUCAGAUAUAUUUUUUGACUGUACAUUACAGUGAAGUGUAAUCUUUUUUUUACAACUGCGAGUCCAUCUUAUUUAUUCUUGUAAAUGUUCCCAGACAAUGUUUGUAAUAUGGGCUGUGUUGCAAAUCCAUAAAAUAAAUCUGUGAUCUGAGAUUAAUGUUUUAC